UCGGCGUCGGUAUCGGCGCGAAGCCGUGCGCGAUCGUGCGUUUUCGUGGCUCGUUAUCGGCCAGUAGAUAACGCUGCAGGCCGACGCGACGCUCCAGCGUCGGCAUCGGCAAUCGGUGGUGUCAACUGGCGAGUGCUGAUUGUGCUGAAGGUGCGCGAAACCCGCCUCGCUGUGCAUCUGCGCCCGGGAGGAGCCAACGCGAGGGCAAAAUGGCGGCCACGCACCUAGACGUCGGCCUCCGCUGCAUCAAGUACCUGCUGUGCGCGGUCAACUCCCUCUUCGUGUUGACGGGGGUGAUGAUAAUAUCGGUCGGCACGACGAUUUACGCUGUUUACGAGAACUUCUCGCACUUUUUGGACGCGAGCUAUUUUUCACCAGCCACCCUUUUAAUCGUGGUUGGAAUACUUGUCUUCAUAAUUGCUUUUAUGGGAUGUUGCGGCGCGCUUAGAGAAAGUACCUGCAUGGUUCUUGUGUUUGCAGUCUUGCUAUCAUUUGUAUUGAUACUGGAACUUGCCGCUGCCGUUGCCGCGUAUGCCCUGCAGGACGGUAUCAAGGAUCUCUUAGCCGAGAAGAUUAAUCUAACGAUGCACCAAUACGAAAAGAACGAGGAAGCCAAGUUCGCGAUCGAUUUUAUGCAGUCCAGGUUACGUUGUUGCGGGUAUAAUGGCUACAUGGAUUGGAACAACGUACCGUUCAAUAAUACACAUAUAGAUGUACCUGACUCUUGCUGUGCAUAUCUAGUGGAUGAGCUUUCGGACCGCUGUUACGGAAAAUAUCACGAGGGCUGUAUUAGCCGGCUUUCUAUUAUUGUUCACCGCAGCGCGUUAUAUAUCGGCACGGGAGCGGUAGCGAUCGCCCUUAUUCAGCUAACGGGAAUU